UAAGUCUUCACUCACGUUAACACCAACUAAAACUAGCACGUUUUGGGUUUUUGGACUAUGUGAAACUAAAAUGUAAACACAGGAAUGUCGUUUAAAAUCUGCAAACAAAAUGCAGAUAGGAUUAUUCUCAAAUUAACCAGUAAAUCUCUGAGCCACGUACUGCAGUGCUAGCUUGUUCCUGCAGUACAGAGAAGACUCGUGUCAUCGCAUCCGCUCCCGGGUCGUGCGCGUGCGCGUGCACGCCAUACGUCAUCCCUCCUCCCACCUUAUCCCGUGAGCUGCGUGCCCGCGGCGCGAUGACGCCACGCGGCGGCUGCGGGUCCCGAUUGCUGCAGCCGCUUGUCAGUGUGACGAAGAUUGGCACCCAGACUAAGUGUGCUGCCACCCUAUGAUGCUUCACCGGUCAUUAUAUCUUCAGAAACCAUGAUGGCAACUCAUUCAGUGUCCAUAGACAACUUCCAGGAGGGGCAACAGAUGCAAGUAGUAGCACAGACGAACAGUGACCCAGAGCAAAGGUUUACGGAAGGAAACAGCAGUGGCGGAGGCAGUAGUCCAGCCCCUGCAGAAUCACAGAAACCAAUGGAUGCAGAUAAAGAGUCGAUAUACAGGCAUCCGCUCUUCCCAUUAUUGGCAUUGCUCUUUGAGAAAUGCGAGCAGUCAACCCAGGGUUCAGAGUGCAUCACCUCUGCAAGCUUUGAUGUUGACAUUGAGAAUUUCGUAAGGAGCCAAGAAAAGGAAGGGAAAGCUUUUUUCAGUGAAGAUCCAGAGCUGGAUAACCUGAUGGUGAAAGCCAUUCAGGUGUUACGUAUUCAUCUGCUGGAACUGGAAAAAGUGAAUGACCUCUGCAAGGACUUUUGUAGCCGCUACAUUGCCUGCCUAAAGACCAAGAUGAACAGUGAAACUUUGCUGAGUGGAGAUCCAGGCAGCCCGUACUCACCUGUACAGACACAGAGCUCAGGCUCUUUCACAGGUACACUCAGCCCUCAAGGUAUUGUGGUUCCUGCUUCAGCCCUACAGCAAGGAAAUGUCACUGUAACUGCAGUCAAUCCUACACAAGUUGUAGCAGGAGGCACUGUAUACCAGCCUGUCACUGUCGUCACACCACAAGGCCAGGUGGUAACGCAGGCUCUGUCACCAGGGACAAUACGCAUCCAAAACGCACAGCUUCAGCUGCAGUUAAACCAGGAUCUGAGUAUCUUGCACCAUGAAGACGGUUCUUCAAAGAACAAGCGGGGAGUUCUUCCUAAGCACGCUACAAAUGUCAUGAGGUCUUGGCUCUUCCAACACAUUGGGCACCCAUAUCCAACAGAGGAUGAGAAGAAACAGAUUGCCUCACAGACAAAUCUAACACUUCUUCAAGUAAAUAACUGGUUCAUCAAUGCAAGGAGACGGAUUCUUCAGCCCAUGCUAGAUGCCAGUUGUUCUGAGACUCCAAAGGCAAAGAAGAAAACUGCACAGAAUAGGCCUCUUCAGCGGUUCUGGCCUGAUUCCAUAGCCUCUGGAGUUAACCAGCAACAGCCUUCAGAAAUGGCAAUGUCUGAAGGCACUAUGGUGACGGUGGGAGUGAACAUGGACAGCUUGCAGUCGCUCUCUUCAGAUGGUGCCACUAUUGCAGUGCAGCAGGUGAUGAUGGCAGGACACAGUGAGGAUGAAUCUGAAGAAAGUGGGGAGGAAGACAGCGGAGACCUUUCCACUACAAACAUCACCGGGCUGGGCCUAGAAACCAGCGACUCCCUGCAGUAGGACUGUUACACGUGCAUUGAAAUCAAUGAUACAACAGGCAGAAGGCCUCUGGUUUGCAAAGCAAACACAAUGGACUGGCAUUUAGCUCCAGAAAUGUUUUAUAAAUAGCUAGUAGGUGAGUGCACUUUUUUUGUAUUUUAAGCUAUAAAUCAGAGAAAAAGUGUUAAAUCCUUAAGUUUUUUAAGGAAAGAAUUUUAGUAGGGAUGCCAACACUUAAAAUUAUGCUUGUAGUUACUUCUUACACUUAGCAUGCCUGUAUUCCACUAAUUGUGCUUAAAGCAAACAGACAUCAGGACUUUGGAAAGGGUUUUUUCACCCUAUGAUAUCCACAAUAUAAAAGAAAAGGCUAUUUUUAUAUAUGAAUUCUGGCAAAUAAUUGGUGUCUCUUUUUGUUUAGUGUUUUUUAAGGAAUAUUUAUGUACAAAGUUAAAUAUAAAGAGGCGUCUGUUGUUUUCAGGCUCUUGUGGAGUUUACUUAUUGAAAUAAACAUUAAUAAGUAAACAAGUUUAACAAUAAAAGCCUUACAUUUUUUAAAAGAACCAGUAAGCACAGAAGCCUAGCACAUAGUCAAGUUUAAACAAGAUUAUUUCUGGGUUUUUUUUAGAAAAUGGGCAAUCAUGGUUCCUAUAUUUCAUUGCCCUCAUUAGAUUUCAAGGUAAAGCAUAUUUUCAAUAAAUGUAAGUGGCGGUGGAGUAGUGCAUAAUAUUUCAUUUUUUAUGCUUAAAUAUGGAGUCUUAAGUUUCAUGUUCUCAUGUGUAUCUUACACAUUUCACUGUCUUGGUACACAAUGCUGAAUUAGUUUGUUUAAAAAAAUUAAAAAAGAUAAUGAUCUACUACAAGCAGUAGACCUUCACCUGUUUCUUCUGAUGUAUCCAUGGUAAAGCUUUUGUAACCAAGAAAUCACAAUAAAAUCCUCUGUGAUGAAUAAAAUACAUUUGAAAAAAUACAGAAAAUAUGGGCAUGUAUUGCAUGCAUUCUUUAUUUUCAAAAACGAGAAGAAAAUAAGGACAGCAGUCCAAUGCUGAUUACAUCUUGCAGUUUCCACAGGAGAUGCUAAUGUACAGCCAUUUAAAUUUGUUUGAGCAGGUGUUAUGUCAUGGGGAAUAGGUCUCAAUGUUUUUUGGAAAACAGAUCUUCCCAGGUUGUCACUCUGUAACUCUAUUGCAGAAUGUUCUAUUUUGGAAUAAAUGAUAACCAACA